GCGAGCAGAGAGAGAGAGAGAGAGAGAGAGAGAGAGAGAGCUCCGACGGAAAUGGCGCUAGGGAAGGAAGGCAACGGCGAAUGGCGACCACCCGCACCUGCGGUUGUCACGGGAGGUCUGGUGGCUGCCAUCUCGCGGCUCCUUCGAAUGGCACGGCUGCGUACUAAAUCACCUUGGUUGCAAAGACGCCCCCGCCCCCGCCCUGGCCCUCUCCGUCGCCCCGUUUCAGGGUUGCAGGCCGUGCUUCCUCCCGUCGUCCCCAGCACUUCUAUCCUCUCCUUUUUCUUCUUCAUCCUUAACCUGAGACGAUGAAGAUGGACGCGGGCCAAUUCAAAACGGGAACUCCAGUUAAUAUAAUUAUAGGUUCUCAUGUGUGGAUUGAAGAUGCUUCAUUAGCCUGGAUUGAUGGACUGGUCACUAAGAUUACCGGUGAAAAUGCUGAGGUCCAGGCUUCCAAUGGGAAAACGGUUGUUGCAAGUUUGUCAAAAAUAUAUCCAAAAGAUAUGGAAACACCUCCAGGAGGAGUCGAUGACAUGACAAAGCUCUCUUAUCUGCAUGAGCCUGGAGUUCUGCAGAAUUUGUCAACCAGAUACCAACUGAAUGAAAUUUAUACUUACACAGGAAAUAUUCUAAUUGCUAUAAAUCCCUUCCAAAGGUUACCCCAUAUGUAUGAUUCCCACAUGAUGACACAAUACAAAGGUGCACCAUUGGGUGAGCUAAGUCCUCAUGUAUUUGCUGUGGCAGAUGUGGCAUACAGGGCAAUGAUAAAUGAGGGAAAAAGGAAUUCUAUUUUGGUUAGUGGUGAAAGUGGUGCAGGUAAAACUGAGACAACAAAGAUGCUGAUGCGCUAUCUUGCUUAUUUGGGUGGACGUGCUGCUACUGAAGGACGAACGGUGGAGCAACAAGUUCUGGAAUCAAAUCCAGUUCUUGAAGCAUUUGGAAAUGCUAAAACUGUCAGAAAUAACAAUUCCAGUCGUUUUGGCAAGUUUGUUGAGAUCCAGUUUAAUAGGCAAGGUAAAAUAUCAGGUGCUGCCAUUCGUACCUACCUUCUUGAAAGGUCCCGAGUAUGCCAGGUUUCUGAUCCAGAGCGCAACUAUCACUGCUUUUACCUUCUAUGUGCAGCACCACCAGAGGAAAUUGAGAAGUAUAAAUUAGGACCACCUAAGUCAUUUCACUAUCUUAACCAAUCAAAUUGCUAUGAAUUGGUUGGUGUGAGUGAUGCUCAUGACUAUCUGGCCACCAGGAGGGCUAUGGAUAUUGUUGGAAUUAGUGCACAAGAACAGGAUGCAAUUUUCAGGGUUGUUGCAGCCAUUCUUCAUCUUGGUAAUAUUGAUUUUGCCAAGGGAAAGGAAAUAGAUUCAUCAGUUUUAAAAGAUGACAAAUCCAAGUUUCAUCUUAAGAUGACUGCUGAGCUUCUAAUGUGUGAUUCUGAAGCUUUGGAAGAUGCAUUGUGUAAGCGUGUGAUGAUUACACCAGAAGAAGUUAUUAAGAGACCACUUGAUCCUCUUGCUGCGACUGUAAGCAGGGAUGGCUUAGCUAAGACAAUAUAUUCUCGCUUAUUUGACUGGAUUGUUGAUAAAAUUAACGUUUCAAUUGGGCAAGAUCCAACCUCUAAGUCACUGAUUGGGGUCCUAGAUAUCUAUGGUUUUGAAAGUUUUAAGACAAACAGUUUUGAGCAAUUUUGCAUCAAUUUCACAAAUGAGAAACUACAGCAGCAUUUCAACCAGCAUGUUUUCAAGAUGGAGCAGGAAGAGUACACAAAAGAGGAAAUAAAUUGGAGCUACAUUGAAUUUGUUGAUAACCAAGAUGUCCUGGAUCUUAUUGAGAAGAAACCUGGAGGUAUCAUUGCACUCCUUGAUGAAGCAUGCAUGUUCCCAAAAUCAACACAUGAAACCUUUGCACAAAAGCUUUACCAGACAUUUAAAACACACAAGCGCUUCAUCAAGCCCAAGCUCUCUCGCACUGAUUUUUCUUUAAGCCAUUAUGCUGGAGAGGUUCUAUAUCAAUCUGAUCAUUUCUUGGACAAAAAUAAGGAUUAUGUUGUGGCUGAACACCAAGAUUUGUUGAGUGCUUCGAAAUGCCCAUUUGUUUCAGGCCUUUUUCCUCCUCUGCCUGAGGAGACUUCCAAGUCCUCUAAGUUCUCAUCUAUUGGUUCUCGUUUUAAGCUACAACUACAGGCAUUGAUGGAGACCUUAAAUUCCACAGAACCCCAUUAUAUUCGAUGUGUGAAGCCGAACAAUCUUCUAAAACCUGCUAUAUUCGAAAAUGUCAAUGUCAUGCAACAAUUACGGUGUGGUGGUGUUCUCGAAGCUAUUAGAAUAAGCUGUGCUGGAUAUCCUACCCGUCGUACCUUUGAUGAAUUUUUGCACCGUUUUGGUGUUCUUGCUCCAGAAGUUUUGGAGGGAAAUUGUGAUGAGAAGAUAGCUUGCCAUAAGAUUCUGGAAAAGAAGGGGUUAAUAGGUUUUCAGAUAGGCAAAACAAAAGUUUUCCUUAGAGCUGGUCAGAUGGCGGAGUUAGAUGCUCGACGAGCUGAAGUUCUUAACAGCGCUGCAAAAACUAUUCAAAAUCAAAUACGUACAUAUAUUCUGCGGAAACAAUUUAUCGCUUUGCGGAACGCAACAAUUGAUGUGCAGUCAUUGUGGAGAAGAAGACUGGCAUGUAAGUUGUACGAACAUAUGAGGAGGGAGAAUGCUGCAAUAAAAAUUCAGAAAAAUUUGCGUCAGUACAAGGCUAAGAAGGUUUAUACACAAUUAAAGUUGUCAGUUCUUGUCAUGCAAACUGGUUUUAGGUUUUUGGCUGCUCGGAAUGACUAUAGAUUUAGGAGGCAAACCAAGGCAGCAACUAUUGUUCAGGCUCACUGGCAUCGUUAUAAAGCUUUUUCAUACCAUGUAAAGCUAAAGAGGGCAGCAAUUGUCACCCAGUGCAUCUGGAGGGGAAGGGUUGCAAGAAAAGAGCUUAGGAACCUCAAAAUGGCUGCUCGAGAAACAGGUGCUCUCAAGGAAGCAAAGGAUAAGCUUGAAAAGAAAGUGGAAGAACUCACAUGGCGUUUGCAAUUGGAAAAGCGCUUGAGGACAGACCUAGAGGAAGCUAAAGGUCAAGAGAUAGCAAAGUUACAAGGCUCUUUGCAAGAAAUGCAAAGUAAAAUGGAAGAGACGACUGCGGUUCUUAUCAAGGAACGAGAGGCUGCAAAAAAGGCUAUUGAAGAAGCACCUCCUGUUGUCAAGGAAACUACUGUUCUUGUUCAGGAUACUGAGAAGAUAAAUUCCUUGACAGCUGAAGUGGAGAACUUGAAGGCCUCAUUAGAAUCAGAAAAACUACGCGCUGAUGAUUCUGAAAACAGGUGCAUCGAAGCUCAACGUAUAAGCGAAAAAAGACAGAGGAAGUUACAUGAAACAGAAGGAAAAGUACAUCAACUCCAGGAAUCUUUGAACAGGUUUGAAGAGAAGUUGGCAAAUCUAGAGUCAGAAAAUAAAGUGCUUCGUAAGCAGGCUGUAUCCAUGCCUCCCAAUAAGUUGUUACCAGGACGUUCUAAAUCAACACUGCAGAGGAGCUCUGAAAAUGGUCAUAUUAUUAAUGGCGAGGCUAGGCCAAUUGCAGAUCCAUACAGUGCAUCUUUCAACAUGAGGGAGUAUUCUGAAGUAGACGAUAAGCCACAGAAAUCUCUCAAUGAGAAACAGCAGGAAAAUCAGGACUUGCUGAUUAGGUGUAUUGCUCGAGACUUAGGAUUUGCAGUGAGCAGACCUGUUGCCGCCUGUAUUACUUAUAAAUGCCUUCUGCAAUGGAGAUCAUUUGAAGUUGAGCGCACUAGUGUUUUUGACCGUAUUAUUCAGACAAUUGGUCAUGCUAUUGAGACCCAGGAUAAUAAUGAGGUCUUGGCUUAUUGGCUUUCCAAUGCUUCAACUUUAUUGUUGCUCCUCCAACGUACAUUGAAAGCAAGCGGUGCAGCAGGCAUAUCUCCACAACGCCGAAGGUCAUCAUCUGCUACUAUUUUCGGCAGGAUGACUCAAAGUUUCAGGGGUACCCCGCAAGGCAUGAACCUCUCUUUCGUGAAUGGAAGUUUGACUGCUGUAGAUAAUUUACACCAAGUUGAAGCGAAGUAUCCUGCUUUACUAUUCAAACAACAACUUACGGCAUAUGUAGAAAAAAUAUAUGGAAUGAUCCGGGAUAAUCUAAAGAAGGAGAUAUCUCCGUUGCUUGGUUUGUGCAUUCAGGCCCCACGAACAUCAAGAGCUAGUCUAGUCAAAGGAUCUUCCCGCUCGCUUACAAAUUCUGGUGCACAGCAAGCUUUGAUUGCUCACUGGCAAGGGAUCGUUAAGAGCCUUGACACUUUCUUGCACACAUUGAAAGCCAAUCAUGUGCCCCCUUUCUUAGUUCGGAAGGUGUUCACACAGAUAUUUUCCUUCAUAAAUGUACAGCUAUUUAACAGUCUUCUACUGAGGAGAGAAUGCUGCUCAUUUAGUAAUGGUGAAUAUGUUAAAGCAGGAUUAGCUGAACUAGAAAAUUGGUGCUAUAAAGCAACUGAUGAGUAUGUAGGGUCAGCUUGGGAUGAACUAAAGCAUAUACGACAGGCUAUUGGGUUCCUGGUCAUUCAUCAAAAGCCAAAGAAGACCCUGAAUGAAAUUAGCCAUGACCUUUGUCCCGUGCUCAGUGUCCGACAGUUAUAUCGGAUAAGUACAAUGUACUGGGAUGAUAAAUAUGGGACACAUAGUGUGUCCCCUGAGGUAAUUUCAAAUAUGAGGGUGCUAAUGACUGAAGACUCGAACAAUCCUGUGAGCAACUCAUUCUUAUUGGAUGAUGACUCAAGCAUACCAUUUUCUGUUGAUGACAUAUCAAAGACGAUGAAACCUAUUGAUAUAUCCGACAUUGAGCCACCACCACUUAUUCGAGAGAACUCAGGCUUCAUGUUCUUGUUGCCUCAAACCAACUAAGACCUGAGCCAGUUAUGUAUUCUACACUAAUGGGUUCGGGAAGUUCUUCGGAGCUUCACACUGAGGAGGAAUCUGAUGGUGAACCGCUUAAAAUUUCAAGGCUUGCAAGAUCAGUAUAUUUCCUAUAGGUUUAGCUCACUGUCCUGCAGUCUUAGACCGGGGCAUUGUUUGAACUCCAGCUAGAAGAUCAUGGAUCUCUCUAUCUCUCUGUAGCUUUCCUUUUUUUUUUUUUUUCCCUGAGCAUUUUUUGUAUCACUAUCUCGGAUAUAAGCAUGCAUAUUCAAUCACAAGAAAGAAUAAAUGCAGUGUCUUAACUCUA